CACGGGGCGGGCCCGGCGGAGGGAGGCGGAGGCGGGCGGCGGGGCUCGGUGCGGCCCGGUGCCUCCGAGGGCCGGGGAGGCCGCGCCCAGCCCCGCAGGCCUCCCCGGGGCGGGCGGGCCGCCAUGAAGCCGAGCGCAGAGGAGCCUGUGCUGCUGGCGGAGCUGAAGCCAGGCCGGCCCCAGCAGUAUGACUGGAAGUCGAGCUGUGAGACAUGGAGCGUGGCCUUCUCGUCCGACGGCGCCUGGUUCGCCUGGUCGCAGGGCCACUGCCUGGUCAAGCUGAUCCCGUGGCCGCUGCAGGAGACUGAGCUCUGUAGGGCCUCGGAGCGCAAGAGCCACAAAGCAGAGGCGAAGCGGAGCCGGGCAGGAGCCAAGGAGAAGACUUUGGAGUGUGGCCAGAUUGUGUGGGGCCUGGCCUUCAGCGCCUGGCCGGCGGCACGGCACCCUGAUGGGGCGGCAGGGCUGUGCUGCCAGGUGUUGGCCACCGGCCUCAACGACGGGCAGAUCAAGGUGUGGGAGGUGCAGACAGGUCAUCUUCUCUUCAGCCUUCUGGGGCACCAGGAUGUCGUCAGGGACCUGAGCUUUGCGCCCAAUGGAAGCCUCAUCCUGGUGUCGGCAUCGCGGGACAGGACCCUGCGCGUCUGGGACCUUAGCAGGGAUGGGCGGCAGGUGCAGGUGCUGACAGGCCAUGUGCAGUGGGUCUACUGCUGCUCCAUCUCCCCUGACUGCAGCAUGCUCUGCUCAGCUGCUGGAGAGAAGUCGGCACUGCUGUGGAGUAUGCGGUCCUACACACUCAUCCGCAAGCUGGAGGGGCACCAGAGCAGCGUGGUGUCGUGUGACUUCUCUCCAGACUCAGCGCUCCUGGUCACUGCCUCGUAUGACACCUGUGUUAUCAUGUGGGACCCCUACACUGGGGAGCAGCUGAGGACUCUGCGCCAUGUCCCCUUGCACUCAGCACUGGAGUAUAGCAGUGAUGUCCACACCAGCUCCCUGCGGUCGGUCUGCUUCUCCCCAGAGGGCCUGUACCUGGCCACGGUGGCAGAUGACAGGCUCCUGAGGAUCUGGGCGCUGGAGCUGCGAUCUCCAGUGGCGUUUGCUCCCAUGACAAAUGGUUUAUGCUGCAUGUACUUCCCUCACGGUGGCUUCAUUGCCACAGGGACCAGAGAUGGCCACGUCCAGUUCUGGACGGCUCCAAGAGUCCUCUCGUCACUCAAGCACUUGUGCCGCAAAGCCCUGCGCACCUUCCUGACCACGUACCAGGUCCUCGCACUGCCCAUUCCCAGGAAGCUGAAGGAGUUCCUCACCUACCGGACUUUCUGAGGUAUCAGAGACAAGGAGGUGAGAGCCCUCUGCCUCGUGGUAGGGCUGGCUGCCCCGCAGAGCACCA